UGCUGAUACUACCUUGCUAAUAAAGAGGUAAAACUAGAGAGAUAAAAGAGACAGAAAGAACCAACUUUCUUCUAGAUAUCCAAGCUAGAACGUAACAAGCAUACGAACACUUUUAAACUACCUAAUAGAUUCAGGAUCCUCUGACUGACAUCCCCUAAAAUGAGGUCAUGGCGUCGAACGAGGUUUCAAAAGCCAAGCGACACCUCAAGGAACUUUUUAAAGACUCUUGUCGACCCUCCAGGAGCUACUAUCGACAUUGUUGCUGUCCACGGCCUCAAUCCCCUGGAUAAGCCAUCACAUGCAGAAGCUACUUGGACAGCUGGGAAUAAGCUAUGGCUCAGAGACUUCCUUCCUAAGCGAGUUCCUAGUGCGAGGGUAUUGCUCUUUGGAUAUAAUUCGAACGUGGCAUUCCAGACAGCAGCUGCAGGAGUCAGGGAACAAGCCGAGAACCUCUUGAACCAGUUAGAGGCGGCCCGAGUUAUGGAUCCUGAUCGUCCGUUGAUGUUCAUAUGCCACAGUUUGGGUGGCAUCAUCGUGAAGCGUGCUCUCGUUCAUUCAAAGACCGAUACGACAUAUGAAAGGAUUGGAAAAUCUACAUUUGGUAUUGCGUUUUUUGGCACCCCCCAUAAAGGAGGGAACAAUGCAGGACUAGCUGAUGUAAUAGCCAAAAUUGCUCGUUCUUUGCUCGGAAAUCCUAGCAAUAGCUUCAUGAGUGCAAUCAGAGCGGGGACACUCUUUCUGGACACGAUCGCAGAUGAUUUUCGUCAACUCCUGGAAGAUUUUCAAAUUCUGACCUUUUACGAGACUAAACCGCUUGGCUCAUUCGGCAUCGUUGUCAGCCCGUCUUCUGCGAUCCUAGGAUUAUCAGGGACCCGAGAGAAACGAAUAGCGAUGGACACUGACCAUAGGAAUCUAUGCAAAUUUGAGUGCGAAAACGAUCCGAGAUAUGAGCAAGUGGCAGUUAAUAUAGUCAAGAUGGUUAACGACGCUACUUCUCCACGGGAAACCCCAGCCCCCAUAGAGGCUGAGGAUAAAGGUAACGUGUCCAGGUGUAUCGGUGACCAGAACACCAUUUUUCAGAGUGGUGAUGGAAAUCAAAGCGAUAUUUACGGACACAUUAAUAUGACUCAUCAAAUGGGAAAUAGAAAUUACAGCGAACAAGAUGGGGACAACAAUAAAACUAUGCAGAUUACCAUGGGAGCAUUGGCAGUGGAAGGCUAUGCUGAGUUGCUCAAAUUUUUUAGCUCCUAGAGAGGUAUAUAUAGCCCUGGUUUAUGAGAUAUUCGAAGGGCUUCUUGCCAACGCAUUCGGUAGCUUUCGGGCUGUGCAGGACACAUAGGUUUCUAGGUAUACAACACCAUAAUCCUUUAUCUUACUUAAGUAUCACGCCCUCCUUUAUAUAGCUACCUUAGCAC